UCGUGGCAAAGAUGUUUUCAAAGCCUAUGAGAUGUGUUAAACUGUACCUUGCGAUAUUCAGCACAGAUUAAACACAGUCUCUGCAGUACAAUUAUAAUGAGACAAUGACGGUAAAAUCAAAGUUGGAGUAAAUUCGUCCUGUUUUGGCUUUCUUUUCCGUGCGCAGGAAGUCUGGGAGUGGAUAACUGCAGUGUUGAUUUCCAGCUGACAUCUUUGCUCGGUUGCUCGGUUGAAUAACACAGCAAGCUAGCUCUAAACGAAGGUAGUGGUAAACAAACGUCUUAAAACGCGCAGUUUUAGCUGAUAGCUAUGGCAUAACUACUGUCCAGUUGAUAUACUGCAGUCAGAUAUAACGGGCACUAUGUCAGCGUUGUUGUUGCAGCACCGUGCUGGCCUUUGUAGAAAAUACAUAACAUGUUUAUCGUGGGCACUGUCAAGGCGAAACUCUCACCUAUUAACGAACAAGCCCGUAUUCAGCGAUGGUGUUAAAAAUGGGCUGCACAGAGGCGCAAAUGUCAGAAAGAUGCUUCUUUCUAAAUCAGAGCGGACUCUUGCAAGUCAACCGCAGAAACUCAUUCAGAGUCUUCUCCACAGACCUUUGAGUCCUGGCAUGGUGGGAAUUAGCAAAGAAUUAGUCAGGAGCAACCUGCUGAGAAACCCUGUUGGUUUGGUAAAUCUAUUAGGGGCAAUAAACCUUUUCAGUACAUCUCAAUCUAAACAAGAGAAAAAUAAAGGUAAAGGACCAAAGGGAAAAACUCCUGAGGAAGAUGAAGAGGAGAAGAAACGUCGAGAGCAAGAGGACCAGAUGUACCGGGAGCGCCUGCGAACCCUCUUCAUCAUAGCGCUCAUCAUGAGCCUGCUGAACUCCAUUAACACCAGUGGUGGGAACAUCUCUUGGAAUGACUUUGUCAAUGAGAUGUUGGCCAAGGGAGAGGUGUCACGUGUACAAGUCGUUCCUGAGAGUGACAUUGUAGAAAUCUACCUUCAUCCAGGAGCAGUUAUCUUUGGGAGGCCUAGGCUGGCACUCAUGUACAGAAUGCAGGUUGCCAACAUUGACAAAUUUGAGGAGAAGCUUAGAGCUGCUGAAGAAGAGCUGAAUAUUGACACAAAGGACAGGAUACCGGUGUCAUACAAACGCACUGGAUUCUUUGGGAAUGCAGUGUAUGCUCUGGGGAUGGCUGCUAUUGGUGUGGCUAUUCUCUGGUAUAUAUUUCGACUAGCAGGCAUGGGUGGCAGAGAAGGUGGCUUUAGUGCUUUUAAUCAGCUGAAGAUGGCCAAGUUCACCAUUGUGGAUGGCAAGUCGGGUAAAGGUGUGAGUUUCAGAGAUGUCGCAGGCAUGCAUGAGGCUAAGAUGGAAGUGAAGGAAUUUGUUGACUACCUCAAGAAUCCAGAACGAUACCUCCAGCUGGGAGCCAAAGUUCCCAAGGGUGCAUUGCUCCUUGGGCCUCCGGGCUGCGGGAAGACGCUGCUGGCUAAGGCUGUAGCCACAGAGGCCCAGGUGCCCUUUCUGGCUAUGGCUGGCUCUGAGUUUGUGGAGGUUAUUGGAGGCCUGGGUGCUGCGAGGGUCAGGAGUCUGUUCAAGGAGGCUCGUACCCGAGCUCCUUGCAUCGUCUACAUCGAUGAGAUCGAUGCUGUGGGAAAGAAGCGCUCUACCAACAUGUCAGGUUUCUCCAACACUGAAGAGGAGCAGACCCUCAACCAGCUGCUGGUAGAGAUGGAUGGAAUGGGAACAACAGACCAUGUCAUUGUCCUCGCUUCCACCAACAGAGCAGAUAUCCUGGACAAUGCCCUCAUGAGACCAGGCAGACUGGACAGGCACAUCUUUAUAGAUCUGCCCACACUUCAGGAGAGGAAGGAGAUCUUCGAGCAACACCUGAAGAUCCUGAAGCUCACCCAGCCAGCUAAUUUCUACUCUCUGCGCCUGGCUGAGCUCACCCCAGGUUUCAGCGGUGCAGACAUUGCUAACAUUUGUAACGAAGCUGCUCUGCACGCUGCCAGAGAGGGACACAAAUCCAUCGAUACCUUUAACUUUGAAUAUGCAGUGGAGAGAGUCAUAGCAGGAAGUGUAAAGAAGAGUAAAAUCCUAUGUAAAGAGGAGCAGAGGGUGGUUGCCUUCCAUGAGUCUGGACAUGCCCUAGUGGGAUGGCUACUUGAGCAUACUGAGGCAGUCAUGAAGGUGUCCAUUGCCCCGCGGACUAAUGCAGCCCUGGGAUUUGCCCAGAUCUUACCUCGUGACCAGUACCUGUUCACCAAGGAGCAACUGUUUGAGCGGAUGUGUAUGGCUCUGGGAGGAAGAGCUGCAGAGGCUAUCACCUUUAACAAAGUUACAACAGGAGCUCAGGAUGACUUGCGUAAGGUGACACGUGUGGCCUACUCUAUGGUGAAGCAGUACGGCAUGUGUGACAGUGUUGGACAGGUCUCAUUCCCGGAAACAGAGGAGCAAGGUGCCAUUGGACGUCGUCCUUUCAGCCAGGGCCUGCAGGAGCAGAUGGACCAUGAGGCUAAGAUGCUUAUAGCCCGUGCUUACAGGAACACAGAGAAGCUGCUGCUGGACAACAGAGACAAGCUGACACUGUUGGCCAACGCACUGUUAGAGCGUGAGGUGGUGAACUACGAUGACAUUGAAGCCUUGCUCGGCCCACCACCCCAUGGACCCAAGAAGAUGAUCGUCCCGCAAAGCUGGGUGGAGGCUGAGAGGGACAAGCAAGACACGGGAGAAGACGAACCGCAACCACCUCCGCGCAAACGCAGAGAAGAGGACGUGAAUCCUCAGCUGGUCUGAUCUUCAAAUGUUAGUGUCAAAGUUCUUUUCUAACUGCUGCAUUUUGCAAAGGUCAUCAGGGGCUGGCACUGAGUCACUGACUCACUUUGAAGCUUUAUAUGCCUGAAUGUGAAGUCAUUAAAGUCUCUUAAAACUCUGCAAUCCGUGCAAGCGUUUUGUGCAAAUGAACAUUUGCACUUGUUUUCCAGUUAGCAGAGCCUUUUAGGUAAUCAGAAACAGGCCUAAACAAGCCAGUGCAACUAUGAGAAUGGUUGUUUUGUGAGGAAUUCCAUCAUUUUUCUCACUUACUUGUUGCACAGCCAUAUUAUUAUGACCUGGAAGCAUUACAAACAAGUCUAUUGAAACAGGAUGUCUCAAACUAGCAAAAGCAUUCAGCAAUCAGCAUUUACUUAAUGCUGGAUAAUUUUAUGCAGACAUACUGUAGCGUAUACAGUAUUACUCCAUAUCGAAAAAAGCUGACUUUAGGGGGGAUUUUUUUUUCUUCUUUGUCAGAGAUGCCGUAUACACCAAAUAUAUUUGCAUUCAUUCAGGUGACUCACAUCUACACAAACACACAAAGGUCUGCAUUAUUGUGUUUGGUAUUUAAAUGAGCAACAGGCAAGAAUAAUAACAAUGUGGUAAAUUGUUGUGGACAUUUAUACUUAACCGUGUGCACUUGAGUAAUUGUUUGACCAGGCUGAAACAGAAGUAGUAAAGAACAAAUGAAACAGCUCUCCAUCAAUGAGGAAACCAUUUUACAUUUUGAAAUACCCCAUCUAAGGUUGAAAUAUCAAAGUUUCUGUCAUAUUUGUGAUGAAGCAUCAGAUAUUACACCACACAACUUGGUCUUUCGCUCACCAUGAGACACAUAGACUGAAUUAAUAGAUGGAAUAGGCUGCGCUAGUGUUUUCUUUGGGAAAAGUCUUUGUAUUAAGGGCUGUGUAUUGGUUUGAUUACCACAAAUGAAUAUGAAAUCCCAAAGGAUGGUGUUGCAAAAUAUUUAAAUAAAGUUUUAUUUAAGUAUUACUUGUUGCUCUU